AUGACCAUAUUGCAGGGGAGCGCAAGAGGGUUUUCUGAUCCUGGACACAGCUCGGCCGGUGGUGACAGGGCUCUCCACUUCUCGAAGCUUCCGCAUGGCACGCCUGAUGUUAUCCUGAAGAACACCGUGACGGUGAAUGAUCCCGCGAGGAUACUGUCGUGGCACAGGGAUGAGCGCCAGCGAAAUUUCAAUAUUCUUGUGAGAAGGUAUAAGAACCAGCUUCUCCACGGGUGCAAGGAACCUAAUUGCACCACGCCAACCUGUCUCAGCUUCAGGAGGAGAGCUGCUAAUGCUCCCUUUCGGAAUUUUAAUGAUUUGAGUGCUCGAACGCUUGCUUGCUAUUUGGCCAGCCAGGAUGACCCAGAGGCCGGACUCUGUCGCAAUGCGCCGGCAGCGGAUUUUGUACACGAUGGUCUGCGCUGGACAAAUGAACGGCCCCCGCCGCUACUUUCUUCGGGAAGGCGGAAAUCCUUCGAGCACAUGCACCGUGAUCACCGACCUCGAGCCACAAACGGAGAGGAUCUGAAUCCGAAUAAGCCGCGGAGACGAAGCAACGAGCACCUGACCUCAGAUAAUCAUGGGUGUUCAGGCUCGCCGGAUGUGAUAGCGAGUGAUGGUGCGCAAACCCAAUCUCAGGAAGCUCCACAGCCUAAGAAUUUAAAAGACCCGAAAUCGAUAACCCAGAAUUUAUUCGACACGCUCUCAGUUCGAAUGGUUGAAUGGCUACCGUUGAGGAGGAUCCCAGGCUCAUACACUUCUCGUUCAUUGCCCAAAGGAGGAGAUUCACCUGCGCAAAAAUCGGCCCCGGACGCCUUGUCCACACCAAAAGAACCCCCAAGAAAGGAAAGGCCAACCAAUACUCACAAAACGGCCUUUUCGAGUGACCGGUUACCGCCGAAAACACCUAGUAUAUCGUCUACGGCUGCAAAUAUGACUCCUACAACACUCGAAGUGAAAGUCCCGGGACAACCAGUAAAGCGGCUUUCCCUUGGAGAACUCGACCCCUGGAAACAAUCGUUGAGACCCAUUUCCGACGACAUUCCGAAAACUGAUAAAAAGUCCUCUCGAAGGCUUGCAACAAGUAAUACGCCAACUACAGCCUCACGAAACCUCCCGUCGCCACCUCCUAUAAAACAUCGAUCGCAGAAACAUAGACGGAGGGAAUGUGAAACGGAGGAAAUAUAUGGGCAGCUUUCCGCUGAACAGCCUAUGAGCCCGUCAGCUCGGCCCCGUUUAUAUUCGGACGGCACCCGUUCGCCGUCUGAACCGUUUUCACCUGCCCGCUCUCCACCUCAACUUCCGACUUUGCACCGACAGCCUCAGUUGGGUCCAGAACCGGAGCUUCAGAUUGAAAGUCUUUCCAUACUAUCGAAGGAUACAGUUGACAGCUUGGAGAAGAUGAUGUUUGAGUCAGAAGAGGACGAAGCGACGUGGAAAAAUGAGAUGUUUCAGCUGGAAUUACGCGGUUAUACUGAACCCUGGGACUGGCAAUUCGCUACACCUCGCCAAAGACAGAUAUUUCCAUUUGUUACUCAGAGUUUGUUCUUCGUCCUUAGCAACCCAGACCAGCUCCUGCGUUCUUUCCGACCUACUUCUGAAGGCCCUGGCCUUAAUAGCCGGCCCAAUACACUCGUACAUCUGGACACUCAGAACCUAGAGAGCAUGUUUCGAAAGCUCUAUCGUAUUUGCCCUUGGGAAAUCACUUUAAAUAGCCUAUGGAUGUGCCUAGAAAAACUUCUUAUUCCUCCGAAGGAAUUUUCUACCUCUUCUAAAAAUCACCGUCGCUUUAUUUGGCGCUCCACGGCGAGCAGGGCUGCUUUGCGGAGCAGUGAAUCGUGUCACGACCUCCGGCCACCCCAAAACCAUGUCUCGGACUCAGAUGCUGCUUACAUCACUGUCAUCGCUCUUUUUGCAUUGUCGAGUUCUAUCCCUCGGCUGGAUCCCCAGACAUGGCAAACGAUGCGGCGGAUUCGUUCUGCAGGGACAGUUCUACCUGAUUCUGAGCUGCGAAGGACCUCUGCAGCUGCUAGGCGGCUAUUGACGGAGGCUGCGGACAAGUUCGAGCAAAGCUUAGCACUUCGGCUCAUGAGCCGAUUAGCUCGUGUAAUAUCCGCUCGUCUUGCAUUCUACGAAAUUUCGAAAUUGAGGACCACCUCGAUCCCUGACUUAGGGAAACCUGGAUCUUUGAGCCCCUUGGACCUCAUCAUAAAAUAUAUCCAAUCCUGUAUCACUCCGACGCCCGGAUCCUUGAAGCCGGUAUCUAGUGUUCACGAGGUUGGACGCCGACCAACGAUGCCCAUGGUAGCAGUGGAAUGGCUUAAGAGUCUGCUACUGAAUGAAUGGGAUGGAAGGCCUGAGUUGCUGAAGUCUGGUGCUGCUGGCGGCGCUUUGCAACUACUGGCUUCGCUGUACCAACAUAGAGCCAAACUGGGUUUAUUGCCAGAGGAUUUUCACACUCUUUUUUUAUUCGAGAGGUUAGACCCUAUGGAAAUGCCAGUGCAAUGGCUUACGUUUGUCUCCAAUAAUCGCACAGUACACCUUUUGUCGUAUCCGUUCAUGUUUCCUCCGUCUUCCCUGGUAACAUAUUUUCGCUCUCUCAACUAUUCCGUGAUGUCCAAAUCUUACGAAACCGCGAUGACUACGUCUCGACAUGUGACCCAAACUGCCUUUUCAAAUACUAUAACAAUAGAUGACGACAUUGGCCUACUUGCGAGGCUCAAGACGUCUAUCUCGUCAUAUCUGUGCCUUGUUGUUCGACGUGAUAACGCAUUGAUGGACGCUUUCAACCAGGUAUGGAGACGCGAGAAGCGGGAGCUCAUGCGACCACUUAGAGUAUCCAUGGGGAUGGAUGAAGGGGAAGAAGGUCUCGAUCAUGGGGGAGUUCAACAGGAAUUCUUUCGCGUUGUAAUGGCCGAAGCCCUGGACCCUGCUUAUGGGAUGUUUACUUUGGAGGGCCGAGAUCAUAUUUCUUGGUUCCAGCCGUGUUCUUUCGAACCCCUGUACAAAUUUGAGCUGCUUGGUUUACUAAUGUCUCUUGCUGUUUUCAAUGGUCUCACUCUUCCCGUUAACUUUCCACUCGCCCUUUACAUGAAGCUACUUGACCGCAAAGUCAAGAAGCUCGAACAUAUCAAAAACGGGUGGGACGACUUGGAAAGGGGGCUUGGUGAGCUUCUCUCAUGGAGUGAUGGUGACGUUGGCGACAUUUUCAUGAGAACAUAUGAAUUCAGUUUUGAUGCAUUUGGAAAAAUUGUGACAGUGGACAUGACCACAGUGGACCGAAAUGACCCGUGGCCUUCUGCGGAACGAGGCGUGACUUGGAAUAGAACCAGGUUCAAAUCAUUCGCCGCUUCCUCGGAUAGCGACGCCACGGAGAAUUUUGAUUUACCUGAGCAUGGAAUGUCAAUGCUCCAGGAUAGCGCGGGCGACCAUCGUUCGAAUCGCAAGGACGGGCAUCUGUCAAGCAUUUUAAAGGGAUCCUCAUCCAAACCACGAGAACGACGUGUCCCUUCCCCUCCGGAGCACGAAGCACCGCUUGUUACGAAUGCCAAUCGAGAACAGUUUGUCAGGGAUUAUAUUUUUUGGCUCACCGACAAAUCUAUUAGGCCGCAAUAUGAGGCUUUUGCUCGUGGUUUUUAUACAUGUCUAGAUCGAACGGCUCUCUCACUUUUCACACCCGAAGCCCUGAAGACCGUAAUCGAAGGGAUCCAGGAGAUUGAUAUGGACGAGCUCGAGAAACACGCACGUUAUGAAGGCUUCCAGCCACAAGACCAAUUCAUAAAGCACUUUUGGGCAGUUGUCAAGAGUUAUACCCAAGAGAAAAGGAGCCAGCUCCUGGAGUUUGUUACUGCCAGCGACCGAGUGCCAGUUAACGGAAUAUCUAGCAUUUUGUUUGUCAUAAUGAAAAAUGGCAGUGGUGACGAGCGGCUUCCGACAAGCUCGACGUGUUUUGGCAGGCUUCUACUCCCGGAAUAUUCUUCCCGCGCGGUAUUAGAAGAAAAGCUUGAUAAGGCGCUCGAGAAUUCUAAAGGAUUUGGCGUUGCAUAA